AUUGGUCAGUCGACACAAAUUGAUGUAGAUUUACUGAAUUUAAAUCUAAAAUAAUUUGCAACUCGUAAUUCAUAUUUAUGAAAAUUAAAUUAAUAUUUACAUGAAGUGAUAUUUAUAGAGCAUUGCUUUUUGUUUAAAGUAGAAAACAUGGAGAGAUAUUCUCUCAUUUAAUUCGUGUUCCUUCCUACUUAACAUAACCUAAUUCAUUUGUAAUCAAUGAUCAAGAUAAACAAAUAUUUUAAAUGAUCACUGAAAUAUCAUUUUCUUAAAUUCAAAUACGCUAGAGAAACUCUAGCAAUUUCGGUUGCAGUUAUAAUGAUACAACAAAAAUAAGCAUGUUUUAAAAGAAUGUCAAAUAUUUAUUGAUAUAAACAAAAUGAGUGAAUUUAAAUUACAUCAUUUAGUGGUUGAAUUAAUUGAAUUACUCGGAUCAUCAUCUGCACCAGAAAAACAUGUAGAGAAAUUACAAAAAGAAGGUAUACCAACGAGUGCAGGUGCUUUAGCUAUUGUUGCAUCACAAAGUUCUAUUCGUAACUUAGCAAAAAAGUCUCCUGUUCCUGAAUUAUUUCUUCAAAAAUAUGAAGAAUUAAAAGCAAAAAAAAUAGAUUUGUUAGGUUUAUUCAUUCAAUUAUUAGAACUUAUAUCUGAAGAUAAAGAAUUAAAGAAUUAUUUGGCUAAAGAAGCAUCAAAUUUAUCAUCAAUUUCUACAAAAAAUGCUGCUAUUACUACGGAGGAUUUACCACAGAUUUGUAAAAAUGUGAUUAAAGCCGCUGUGGAAGGAGAAAAAAAAUUAAAUAAACAAGUAUGUGCAAUUACAAAGAAAACAGAAUCAUCUGUUAUAAAACAUAAUUGGGUUUAUGAGAGGCCUAGAAUAACAUGGGAUUUUUAUAAUGAAUCAAAUGUGAUGCCAUGCCAAAAGGUUGUACCAAUAGUUUCUCAAGAAUCUAUAUUACUUUGGGAUAUCUUAUAUUGUUUGAAAGGUAUAGAUGGAACUUACAUUGUUUCUGAACCUUUAAUAAGCCCACAUGCAGUGAAGACAUUUAAUAUAUCUCCAGAUGUUUGUAUAUCUUACAAACAAUUGACACAACAAAUAUUACCUCUUGCAUCACAUUAUUCUAUGACAGCUAGAUUUGUCGAAGAAAAGGUUUUAGCAGAAGAUGGUCAAGUAAAUCAUGCUUUGAGAGGAGCUAUAAAAAGUUUACUAAAAGAUUAUUUGUUAUUUGUUGUACAGUUGGAAAUGGAACAUGUACGAGGAAAAUUAAAUUUGCAAAAAUUGUGGUUUUAUAUUCAACCAACUAUGAUCGCAAUGUCUAUUCUUUCUCAAAUUACAUCGACUAUAUGUAAAGCGAAUGCAAAAGGUGGUAAAGUGCUCAGUCUUUUGCAUGAACAAGCAAAUAAUAUUAGUGGAGAAGCAAAGUUUAAAGAAUUAUGUUUGUUCCUUAUACAAACGGCAAGUGUUCCAUACAUGCAAAUAUUAGAAAAAUGGGUAUAUAAAGGAGUGAUAUGUGAUCCAUAUGAAGAGUUUUUUGUAGAAGAUAAUGAAUUAAUCCAUAGAGAGGAAUUACCUAUAGAUUAUUCUGCAGAUUACUGGGAAAAAAGGUACACUAUGAGACCAGAAAGAACUCCUACAUUUCUUAAUGAGCAGGCACAAACAAUUAUGAGAUCUGGAAAAUACUUUAAUGUAAUAAGACAAUGUGGUAAAAUUGUUCAAUGGGGAAAACAAGAACCUUUAAUUUAUCAACAUCAAGGACAAAAAUAUAUAGCUACUAUUGAUAGAGCAUAUUCUGAAGCUGCAAAGACCUUAUUGGAAGUUCUUAUUCAUGAAAAUGAUUUAAUGGGUCGGCUUCGUAGUGUAAAAAAUUAUUUUCUUCUUGCACAGGGAGAUUUUGUAGUUCAAUUUAUGAAUCUUUGUGAAACUGAAUUAAAUAAAAACAUGUACGAUAUUGUUAUUCAUCGAUUAGCAUCUCUUCUUGAAGUUGCAUUGCGUAUGUCUACUGCAGAUUCAGAUCCAUACAAGGAUGAUUUAAAACCAGAACUUUUACCUUAUGAUCUUCAAUUUCAAAUGUUUAGAAUACUUUCUAUCCAAACUAGAGAAGAAAAAGAGUACUCUUCUCAAACUGAUAAGACCUUAACUGGUUUGGAAGCAUUUGUAUUUAAUUAUGAUGUUAAAUGGCCUGUUUCUUUGAUACUCAACAGAAAAGCUAUAGCUUGUUAUCAAAUGCUGUUCAGACACUUAUUUUAUUGCAAAUAUAUUGAAAGACGUUUGUGCAGAGUAUGGGUAAGCAAUAAAAUUGCAAAAACUUUUACUCAUAAUGUAGCAAUGUCAUAUAGACAAGCUUUUUCUUUGAGACAAAGAAUGCUGGAUUGCAUUCAACAUUUAGCAUAUUAUAUGAUGGUUGAAGUUAUAGAACCAAAUUGGCUUACUUUUAUAAGUAAAAUGAGUAAGGUCAGCAACGUGGAUGAUGUCUUAAGUGUACAUCAAGAUCUGCAAGAUAGUUAUUUGAAGGAGUGCAUGUUAACAGAUCCUGAUCUUUUGGGUUGUAUAACAGGCAUUUGUUCUGCUUGUCUUGAGUUUUGCAAUUUUAUGGAGGACGAAGAUGGAGAUAUGUACAAAGAGAAUGCAGUCAGUUUUGAAGAAACUAUCAUAUCGUUGGAUGAGAAAUUUACUCAAGUAUUAAUUCGUCUUUUAGAUAGAAUAUGUGAUUUAGGAUGUGAUAACAACAAUGAAAAACUUCUUAAUGUCUUUUGUAGGUAAGUUUCAUCGUGGAAUUCAUAAAUAUUUGUACUACAAGAUAUGCAUAAGAAAUGCAGUACCAAUGAAUAAAGUAAAUAAAAAAAUAAUAAUAAAUAAAGUAAUAAUAAAAGAUUUAUUAUGAAAAAAUAAAUAACAAUAAAGAAUAAAAUGUUUUUGAGAAAAAUGUUUUAUUCUUUUAUUAAAAAAAUUACGAAGUACUACAUAUUUUGUGCUUUAUAUUUUAUAUGAAUAAAAUGUAAAAAAAUGAAACUCUUCAACAUUGUCAUUAUAUUUUAUUGUUUUUUUUAAUUAGGCUAGAUUUCAAUUUAUUUUAUACUGAUAUUUUGAUACGACGUGGAAGAGAAAAGACAAUGCAAGAGGAUGUUUCUGGUUAAAUACUCAACACUCAGCAGAAGAUUAUACAGCCAUAGGUAUAUCCGUAGCUUCUGAUUAAUCUAACAUUGUAGAGUUACAUAUUUUGCAUAAUAUUUAUUUCAAAUGUAACGGCGAUUUGAAAAGAUCGUUGAUAGAUAAUAUAUAAUAUAUCAAAUCUAUUAUUCGAUCAGUCUAGAAUCUAUAUUGAUCCUUAAACUUUUCAAAUCGCCGUCAUAUAGAAACGUCCACAAAAGUUAAUAGUAUAGUAAUUAUAAAAUAGGUGAACAAAAUUUAAUUUAUUUAUGCAUUACAUGUUUCAUUUAAAUUAUUUAAAUUCACUUUGAAUGAAUUUUUUGAAAAUCGUGUAAAUCACUAAAAUAAAGACUAUUUUGUACACUUAAAAAAUAAAAUAUAUUUUAUAAACAUGAAAAAAGAUUUACAAUCUAAUAAAAAAAUAUUUUUAUAAUAAUUUUAUUUUUGAAGAAUAAUCUUUUAUAUUUAACAAAUGUUAAAUCUUUUAUAUUUAUAACAAGUGAAGAAAGUUUAAAAACUAUUUCGACGUGUUAUUAAAAAGGCAAUAUUUAAUCCAUUCAGCCUAAAUUACGAAUCAGAUUCGUGCACUUGAUGUUACUCUAACUCGUACUUGUCAAUCUUAGACAAUUUUAGAUAUUUUUAGUAGAUAUUUGUAAAUAUUUAUAUGUACCAAGAGGAAAAUAUAUAUACGAUUGUAACACUCGUAAUACUAAUCUCAUUUUAUGAAGUAAAACGUCUGCAGUUCGUCCACCGCAGAAUUUUUGAAGAUUGGAUUAAAGCUAUAUGAUUCAGUCUUAAUAUUGACUUUACAAAAGCGCUUUUAAUCAUGUAUAAAAGAUGUUGACCAAUUUUACUAAAUAGUUUAUUAAAUAUAAUAAAAAUAUUACAACAAACAUAGAUAUAAAAAUACAGUCCUUUCAAUAUAGUUACAGCUAAAAAUUAACAUGUUCAAUUGUUGUUACAGUAAGUUAAUAGAUCUGGAAGAAGAAUGGAUAUUUUAA